GAGACAGCCUUGCAAAACCGGGACGACUUGGCAGAGCGGUUUAUAGUGGCACAGACAGCACGAGUGACACUAACGCGACGCGGGCUGAAAUACCUUAGUUUGCGUUCAAAUAAUUACCUAUUAUCACAUCGUCUUAUAGCUGCAAGCUAUGUAGGCUAUCUAUACAGUAUGCAUAUUUUUAGAAAGUAAGCGCUAUGUUGUGAAACUGUUCGAUCCCAAUAUCCGUCAGCACCUUCUAGAAGAAAAUUUAUUCUCCACACGUGUGGCUUCAGAGAAUGCACUUUCUGUAGGCUUUAUAUUUAACUUUCUUGUCGACACAUGUAUGACUGGGAUACAAAUGACAACUACAAUGGACAAAAAUAACAACACGGGGGGAGUAAUCUCAUACAUUGGAUCAUGUGGAGGCUCCCCAAACCGCACCAGCCCAGUAUCUAUGUACAGUGAGAAUUCCAACAGCAGCCUGCAGUCAGUGACUCAGCCUUGCUUUGGCUCAUCUUUCCCACCUUCCCCCAAUGGCUCCCAUGAUUCUUCACGAAUGUACACCAGCAGCAGCAGCUCGGUCUCCGGUGAGGAUGGGAGUUCAUCAUCCUCUGGAGGAUCCCCAAGGGGUCUUGAUGAAGGCUGCAAUGCACGCAACUCACCAAACAAAUCAGUUGCUGCACUUACAAAGCUGAAUGGGAUGGUGCUGCUUUGUAAAGUGUGUGGAGAUGUUGCUUCAGGCUUUCAUUAUGGUGUCCAUGCCUGCGAGGGCUGCAAGGGGUUCUUCCGUCGAAGCAUCCAGCAGAACAUCCAGUACAAAAAGUGCCUGAAGAAUGAAACCUGUACUAUUAUGAGGAUCAACCGCAACCGCUGUCAGCAGUGCCGUUUCAAAAAAUGUUUGUCUGUGGGCAUGUCUCGUGAUGCUGUCCGCUUUGGUCGCAUCCCGAAACGUGAGAAGCAGCGCAUGCUGGCUGAGAUGCAGAGUGCCAUGAAUAACAUGGUGAACAAUCAGCUGCAGAGCGAAUUUCAGCUGGCUAGUCUUAAAUCAGUUACCCCAUCCUCUUCAUCAUCAGCAUCAUCAUCAUCUUCCUCAUCCCCCUGCCCCGGUCUGACAGUGGCCCCUCAGCCCCAACCUUCUGCUGUGCCCAUAGCUCCUUCCCCCUCGCCCCCUGCCCCUGCCUCGCCCCUGGUUCCUCCUGCUCAGAGCCAUCCUAUGAUUGCCACCUCCCCACCACCGUGCCCUAGUCCUGGUGUUGACAGCACCAUCUCCGCUAUUACCCGAGCACACCGCGAGACCUUUGUCUAUGCCCACGAUAAGAUAGGUCUAGCACUGCGGCCUCACAAUGGCGUUGAUCUGGAUGACCACAGUGGCAAUCGUUGCUUGGCUGGCUACCAUGUCAAUGGCCAGAAUACAAUCUAUCACCACGACAAUAAUGUAGCCCUGCAGCGUAAUGGCUUCAAAACAACACCUGAUAAUGGACGCCAUAUCCAUUCCUCACCAGUCUCCAACCAGCAGCACCAAGGCUUGCCACCUCAGAACAAUGGUCGACGCUUCCAGAACAGCAACGUAUAUGGUGUUCACCAAAGUCAAGAAAUCAGCAGCAAUAUCCAGGUGCAGAACUGCCCAUGGAGGAACCACAAGGAUAUUCUGCUGGCUUGUCCAAUGAAUCUGCAUCCUCACACAGAUCCCAACAAGACUCCUCAGGAGAUCUGGGAAGACUUUUCACUAAGCUUCACACCAGCUGUGCGUGAAGUGGUGGAGUUUGCCAAACACAUCCCAGGCUUUAGCUCUCUGUCCCAAAAUGAUCAAGUCACCUUGCUGAAGGCCGGCACCUUCGAGGUGUUAAUGGUUCGUUUUGCAUCCCUGUUUAAUGUCAAAGAGAAGACUGUAACAUUCAUCUCUGGCACCACCUAUAGUCUAGAAGCUUUGAAAGGCAUGGGAAUGGGAGAUCUGUUGGGGACCAUGUUUGAUUUCAGCGAGAAACUCAAUGUAUUAGAGCUCUCUUCAGAAGAGCUGGGACUCUUUACUGCUGUGGUACUGGUGUCUGCAGAUCGCUCUGGCAUUGAGAAUGUAAACUCGGUGGAGAUGCUCCAGGACAGCCUGAUCCGAGCCCUUCGUGCACUGGUCAACAAGAGGGCUCCUGGCGAUGCCUCUCAUUUCACCAAACUCCUGCUGAGACUGCCAGAUCUCCGCACCCUUAACAAUAUGCACUCAGAGAAGCUUCUCUCCUUCCGCAUCGAUGCUUGAGAUGCCCGUGGCUGCUGAUAGGUGUUCCCACUCAGCUGAGUCAGUGGAAGUGGGUAGUGGUGUGCCUGCUGGAAGGCUUUGCAAGAUCAAACACUGGUGCUCUUUCCAAGAGUAUUACCUUCCAAGAGUUGACUGGCAUGGAUGGUGCUCAAAAAUUAUUGAUUAUGAACCUGAAGGGACACAAAGGGUACCAAGUGUUAUCAGAACGGUCAAAUGACAAUGUUUUUCGGCCUCACAUGAAAAGAUUGAUAAAAUUCUGCCUCUCAAAGAAUUCAUAUGCCCCUCCUGACUUUUCUAACACUCGAAAACCAAUGCUCUAGAUAUUUCAAAGCUUUUUUAAACUGAAGGACAAAGCAAGGCACAGACUCAAAAGUCCAAACCAUCCUAAUCUUCCAGUCUACUAGGGCAAGCCAUACGGAACCAGUGCAGAUGCCCUUUGCAAGGAACCACAGUGAGAGAUUCUGUAAUUCCUUUACCCGAGUCAGGUUUGGGCUCCUUGAAGUGGCUAAUGCAAACACUAGAAUGACCAGGUCAUCUCUACUCAUAAUGCACAGGAAAACAAGUUUAGGCGAGAGACAUCUUAUUUGUGGAUGUACAUCUGUGUGCACUUUGUAUAAAUGUGUACAUAGGCAUAAAUCUAAAUAUACUUGAAAUGUUUAAAAAUAUAAUAUAUUCAAUAAUAUAUUUUUUUUAAUGUUUAAACACUCAAUGCAAAGAUAAGUGGGCACAAAUAUGUAUGUCAAGUAUAUGUAUACUGUAGAAUAUUUAACUUGUAUUUCAGAUAUGUUUUACAUCUUAGACUUUUCUGAAAAAGUUGCAUAACUUUUUUCUUUUUAUUGUUAGCUUAUCUUUUGAUAACCUAGUGUUUGUACUGGAAGCACUGAAAACAACCAGGGUCACUUUGUGACCAAAGAUUCUAAAUUCCAAGAGAAUAGACAAAAAAAACAAAAACAAACAACAAAAAAAAACCCGUAGUUUCACCUCAGCAUCUAGACUUUUUGCAUUGGAUUCUGAAAAAGAUUUUCUUACAAGCUCUGGAACUAAUUCAUGUUAUAAAUAAUGGGACAAGAGCUCUGCACUAAUUAGCAUGAUGAUCAGAAAUUAAUUAAUUAUAUGCCAGACAUAUACUGACAUGGACUCAGUAAUUACAAACUGACACUUUUAAGGCACGAUCAUACAGCAACCGAUGCUACAGAAGGAAAAUAAAAAAUGAAGCAAAAAUGUUUUUUACAAAUUAUACCUCCCUUGUGCAUUCAUUACAUCUGUUAAAUAAAUCAUUAAAAGGCUUUCUUUUAAUCAA